AUGAAGAAGACAAAUUCAAACAGAAAGGCAGAUCGCGAUGUGUCAUGUGCGAAGCGCGUGAAGAUGAUUUUGCCAACAUCGAACCAACCUCAUAGUAGUGAUGAUAUCGUGGAGGAAUGCCCUCGUACGCGUCGUGUCAAGUCGACCAUCAAGCAUAAGGGUGACAUUGUUGUUGAUACGAACAUUGGUGUUGAUGUUGCGGGUGUUGGUGGUGUACAAGUAUUUUUGUCUGUGCAUCUUGAUUUGAUGUCGUAUGUGGUGUUUUCAUAUGUUGCGUUUUGGGUUUUAGACAUAUUUCUGAAUGAUGACGGGCUAUCCAUAGAUAUUGUGCUGUAA